GACUCCCAAGAAGCGGAAGUCUAAGACCCUCUCCACACAGUCCUCGUUGAUGAUGAGUGGCUGGAUGUUGUCUACCUUCUUCUUGAAGUCCACGAUGUGCCCCUUGGUCUUGGCUAUAUUUAGGAGCAAGUUGUUCUUCCUACACCACGUUUAAUUUCUGUGAAGCACUGUAUGCAUGGGGAAGACUCUAUAUAAAUACAAUGUAUUAUUUUUAUUAUGGAAUAGAAUUGUAUAUCGAAUACUGCCUUGUUCUUUUAAGUAGGAUGACUCCUACUCAAUAUUGGGCAUACUGAAUACCCCUCCUUCCCCCCGCUGUCUACUUUUAAAAUUUGUGGCCCCCGUGUGAGUACCGAGACCAAAGGGCAGACCACACAGACAGACGCAAGUUUGCCGCCGAUCGAGUGCGGCGCAUUCACACAGACAGGCAGGCAGGCUUCCUUGGAAUGGCUGCUGUCGAGCCACCCUCCGCGGGCACGAUGUGUCUGAUUUGUCAACAUCAGUGUCUGCAAUCGGUGGCUCUGGGCUCGGCACCCACUGGGAAGUGUUUGCCCUCGAUAACUCUGCGCUCGGCGGCCCGCCUGUGCUGACAAUGAAUGGCUGCCUGUAGAGAGAGAGAGAGCGAGCGAAGAGAGAGAAAGCCUCCGACUCCUCCAUUGAAACCGUUUCCAGCAGCCUUCACCGAGGGGACACUGUGGUGCUGGGCAUUCCGCCAUGGCUCAGACGCUGCAGAUGGAGAUUCCCAACUUCGGCAACAACAUCUUGGAGUGUCUGAAUGAACAGCGUCUACAGGGGCUUUACUGUGACGUGUCGGUGGUUGUGAAAGGCCAUGCUUUCAAAGCGCAUCGUGCCGUGCUGGCUGCUAGUAGUUCCUAUUUUCGGGACCUUUUCAACAAUGGCAGCAAGAGUGCCGUAGUGGAAUUGCCUGCAGCCGUGCAGCCCCAGAGCUUCCAGCAGAUUUUGUCAUUCUGCUACACUGGCCGCCUUAGUAUGAAUGUAGGAGAUCAGUUUCUGCUCAUGUACACUGCCGGUUUUUUGCAGAUUCAGCAAAUCAUGGAGAAAGGGACAGAGUUCUUUCUGAAGGUUAGCUCGCCGAGCUGCGACUCACAGGGUCUUCAUGCUGAGGAGACCCCACCAUCUGAACCCCAAAGCCCUGUUACUCAGACAUCGACAAGCGUCAGCUCAGGGCGUCCCACAUCCUGCCACACGCCUCUGCCUCUAGUUUCCCGUGUCAAGACAGAGCAACAGGAGUCAUCCUCUGAUUCGGUAGUCUGCACCCCUGUGGCCAAAAGGCUUUGGGAGGGGAGCAAUCGUGAAUCGGGGGGAGCCGGAGGUGGUGGCAGCAUGAGAAAGGCAGCUCGUUUUUCCCAGGAGGCUAGCCGGGGUGGGCCGCAACAACAACAGCAGCAGCAGCAAGGAGUGGUGGCAGCAGUUCCGAAUAACACCACUAACAGUGCCUCAGAGAGGACCAGUCCAGGAACCUCGAGUGCCUACACUAGUGAUUCUCCAAACUCUUAUCACGAUGAAGACGAGGAAGAGGAGACUGGGGAGGAGGGAACCGAGGAGCAGUACAGGCAAAUCUGUAAUAUGUACACAAUGUACAGCAUGCUGAAUGUGGGACAAGCAGCAGGUGAACGAGUUGAUGCUUUACCUGAUCAUAUGACAUCAGAUACUAGGAACAGGAUGCGGGUUCGACAGGAUCUGGCCUCCUUGCCUGCUGAGCUCAUCACUCAGAUUGGGAAUCGUUGUCAUCCCAAACUGUACGAGGAGGGAGAUCCAGCAGAAAAACUGGAGCUUGUCACUGGUACAAGUGUGUUCAUCACAAGAGCUCAACUGAUGAACUGCCAUGUCAGUGCUGGGACGAGGCACAAAGUCCUGUUACGGAGGUUAUUAGCUUCAUUCUUCGAUAGGAACACUUUGGCAAAUAGCUGCGGAACAGGCAUCCGCUCUUCCACAAAUGAUCCAAGUCGGAAACCUUUGGACAGCCGAGUGCUGCACGCUGUCAAAUUUUACUGUCAGAAUUUUGCACCAAGCUUCAAGGAGAGUGAGAUGAACGCGAUUGCGGCUGACAUGUGCACCAAUGCUCGACGUGUCGUGCGGAAGAGCUGGAUCCCAAAACUGAAGAUGUUAAUGGCCGAGGGGGAGCAGUACUCCAACUUCCUGCCGGAUCCCGUCAAAAUGGAAGCGGAAGUGAUGAGUGCAGAGCACGGCUUUGAGACAAGCAGCCACGAUGGAGAAGCGGGAACCUCAAAUGAGGCACUGCAGUGAGCAGGAAUGGGGUGGGUGGGGGAUGAUGGGCGUCGUGGCGAAGAGUCCUACACUUUGUUUUAGUAAGUGAAUAGGAGACGCAUUCCCCCUCGCCAACCACCCCCCCACACCCAGACUUGCCGUCUGUCACCCUGAUUUCGGCUACCUUCCACAGGUCUGCGCUUCAGUCUGAGACCACCCUGUAUAGUUUUGGGACUAUGGGCUCCUGAGAGCUUUUGAGGCUCCUUGAUUUGCAUCACCCUACUACUUCUGCUGAUGAACUGAAAGCUCAUAGGCUUAGACAGACUGUUAGUAUUCUGACUCUGAAGUAGACGUUGGCAGGGGCUUUAAAGAGAUUAAUCUACCUUCUAACGCCAUUGAAACAUCUCCUGUCAUCGCUCAUGCUAGUGAAGCGUUUCCGCUUUUUUCCCCACCCUGCACAUAGCUGAGCUUCUUUGUUUGCUUGUGGUAUGGUUUAAUAUGACUGCCAGCAGUCCAGUUGCAGAUCAUUCUCUUUUUUUUUUUUUUUUUUGUUUUGUUUUGUUUUUUGGGAUGGCUAGACAUAACAAAAUUUAAUCAUACAUUCCCCGCAAUUUUCGUCAGAAGUAUUCUGAUUUCCAAUAGUGCCUACCGCCUGUCGCUGGAUGUUAUUUUUCUAUUCUAGCUGCACAUUAUUUAUUUGUUUGAUAGAUGAAUAACGGCUGCCAUUAGGUGCAAUAAUGCUGCUUGAUAAUUGGAGUCAUUUCAGUACUGUCCCACUGAAUUUUAA